AUGACGGCAGAACAGAGCUCUUCGUCUGAUUGCACUCUCCCUCGCGAGAAGGUCUUCUCCAUCCAGAUUGGCACCGAGCUCUUCCGCCUCUCAGGCGCCUCGAUUGCUUCCGAUGCUCCCUCGUACUUUUCCCGAUUCUUCGAAGAUCAAAUGAGCCAGCACCCCGAUGGGAACAACAUCCGGACUUUAUACAUCGACCGCGACCCGGUCACUUUUCAAGAGAUAGCCCGGCAUCUGCAAGGAUACCACUGCCAACCUAAAGAUGGAGCGGAAUUCGUGAAGCUAUUCGCCGACUCGCAAUUCUAUAGCCGUACGUUCGCAACCCUGAACAAUUUCUGCAAAUGA